AUUUAAUAAGGAAUCUCCAUAGUCUUCUAAUCUACAUCUUCAAGCUAAUUAAAGCAUGAUUAGCAUGGAAAUGAAGCAUUCUUUACUCAAGUUUGCUAUUUUCUUCACAAUUCUCCUUACUGCUACUGCAGUUGAUUUGACUCGAACCUCAGAGAUGAAAAUGAUGACACUGGGAGCUGGAUUGCCAUUAUCUAUAUCAAUGAUAAAAAUGAAAUUACUUCCAAAUCAUGGAUUUUGGGACUGGACUUGCGGUAGAGAAUGCAGUUCUGAUGCCGAAUGCUCUGAUGGUGUGAUGUGCAGGACUUGUUGGUAUCAUUAUCAGCCAAACAUUGAUGAUUAUGUUUAUCAUUGUAGCCUGUUGCCAAAUUGAAGAAUAAUAGCACUUGUAUAUGUGUGAUGAAUUAAGAGUGCUAAAUAUGUACUACAUCAAAUAAUAGUUGUGUAUGUGCGUUAAGAGUGCUAAUUAUGUAUACUACAUCAAAUAACAGUUAUGUGUAUGUGUUAAAAGAGUGGUAAAUACUAUGUACUCCCGUGUUUGCUUAUGGAGCUUAUAUGGAGAUAUGUUGGGAACUAA